GGCCCCGCGCUCGCCCGCGUAGACGCGCCCGGCCCGACCCCGCGCCACCAUGUAAACGGCGCGGCGAGUGGACGCUGGCCUCUCCGCCCGGGACCCCUCCGCCCCGCCCCGGGCCCCGGGGCCCUCGAUGAGGACACGCCAUGCUGACCGGGGUGACGGAGGGCAUCUUCUGCUGCCUCCUGGGCACGCCCCCCAACGCCGUGGGGCCCCUGGACAGCGUGGAAUCCAGCGACGGCUACACCUUCGUGGAGGUCAAGCCGGGCCGCGUGCUCCGCGUGAAACAUGCGGGGCCCACGCCGGCGCCCUCGGCGCCCCCGCCGCCCGACACAGCCCAGGGGGACCGCUCCGGCCUGGUGCAUUGCCAACGCCGGAUCACCGUGUACCGCAACGGGCGCCUGCUGGUGGAGAACCUGGCCCGCGCCCCCCGCGCCGACCUCCUGCACGGGCAGAACGGCUCCGGGGAGCCGCCGGCCGCCGUGGAGGUGGAGCUGGCUGACCCGGCCAGCAGCGACAGCCGCUCGAACCCGGGCAGCGCGGGCAGCGGCGGCCGGCGGCGGCGAGCCCGGCGCCCCAAGCGAACCAUUCACAUCGACUGCGAGAAACGCAUCACCAGCUGCAAGGGCGCCCAGGGCGACGUGGUGCUGUUCUUCAUCCACGGGGUCGGCGGCUCCCUGGCCAUCUGGAAGGAGCAGUUGGACUUCUUCGUCCGCCUAGGCUACGAGGUGGUGGCCCCCGACCUGGCGGGCCACGGAGCCAGCUCGGCGCCCCAGGUGGCUGCCGCCUACACCUUCUACGCGCUGGCUGAAGACAUGCGUGCCAUCUUCAAGCGCUACGCCAAGAAACGCAACAUUCUCAUCGGCCACUCCUACGGCGUCUCCUUCUGCACGUUCCUGGCGCACGAGUACCCGGACCUGGUGCACAAGGUGGUCAUGAUCAACGGCGGCGGCCCCACGGCGCUGGAGCCCAGCAUCUGCUCCAUCUUCAACAUGCCCACCUGCGUCCUGCGCUGCCUGUCGCCCUGCCUGGCCUGGAGCUUCCUCAAGGCCGGCUUCGCCCGCCAAGGCGCCAAGGAGAAGCAGCUGCUGAAGGAGGGCAACGCCUUCCACGUGUCUUCCUUCGUGCUGCGCGCCAUGAUGAGCGGCCAGUACUGGCCCGAGGGCGACGAGGUCUACCACGCCGAGCUCACCGUGCCCGUGCUGCUGGUCCACGGCAUGCACGACAAGUUCGUGCCGGUGGAGGAGGACCAGCGCAUGGCCGAGAUCCUGCUCUUGGCCUUCCUGAAGUUCAUUGAUGAGGGUAGCCACAUGGUGAUGCUGGAGUGCCCGGACACGGUCAACACGCUGCUGCACGAGUUCCUGCUCUGGGAGCCGGAGCCCUCGCCCAGGGCUCUGCCCGAGCCCCUGCCCCCGCCGCCGGACGACGAGAAGAAGUAGCCGCCGGGGCCGGCGGGGCUCAGCCUAGGAACAGAACGGCCCGAGAGAGCCGGGCCGCGGUGGCCGGCAAGCGGUCAGCAGUGCGGGGGGCGUGGUCAGGCCAGGGAGACGCCCCCAGGCCGGUGGGGCGGGGCGUCCGGGCCAGCAGGUGCACCCUUCGCGUUCUCUGCUUGUGCGCGCACAGAGGAUGGCGACCUUGUACAGGAGACCCCUUCCCCACACACGCCAAGGCCGCGGCAGGCCCUCACACCCGGCUCUGUCCUCCGUGUCGGCCAUGCUUGACCCCGGGACCCUCGCGGGGGGGCCCAUUGCCUGAGAACCUCUCCAACCCCCAUUCCUCGGC